GGCUAUGCCAUUUACACAUGACCAGAAGGAAGGGUAUGAGUAUUUAUAGAGUCCUAUUAGAAAUAUGAAGAAUAUUGGUCUAAUUACAAAUAAUAAGGAAAAGGUAGAUACAUAUUAUCUAAUGGGAAGUGUUAGUUAGGAAUGCGGGAUAAAUGAAGAAGGAUAAAAUGGUUGGAUAUUUCUGAAUAGAGCUUUAUUUGAAACCUAAGGAUUGCAAUUCUUAUGUGUAACUAUCUUUGGGUGA